CCUGCGCAACGGCCCAUGUGAUCCAGCAUGGGGGCGGGGCCCUAGCCAAUUACUGUACUUCUUGAGAGUCGCGCUAGCGCCGCCGCGCCACUCCCUCCGCCUCUCGCUUGCUGGCUCGCUGCACUCCCUUCCAUCCCAGCCGUCUCCUCACUCUCACCAAAUGUCGCCGCCGCCUCCUCCUGCCGAGGCCCGCCUGGCGAUGAUGGAGCUGGCCAACAUGAUCUCCGUCCCGAUGGCGCUCACCGCCAUCAUCCGCCUGGGCGUCCCCUCCGCCGUCUGGGCCGGCGGCGCCAACGCCCCGCUCUCCGCCGCCGAGCUCCUCCCGGAGGGCCACCCGGACCCGUCCGUCCUGGAGCGCCUCCUCCGCCUGCUCGCCUCCCGCGGCGUCUUCUCGGAGCACGGGGCCUCCCCGCGGCGAUUCGCGCUCACGGCGGUGGGCCGGACCCUGGUGCCGGGCCCCUCGGGCGCGUCCUACGCCGACUACGUGCUGCAGCACCACCAGGACGCGCUGGUGGCGGCGUGGCCGCGCCUCCACGAGGCCGUGCUGGACCCCGCCGGCCCCGAGCCCUUCGCGCGCGCCAACGCCGGCGUCCCCGCCUACGCCUACUACGGCAAGGACAGGGAGGCCAACGAGGUGAUGCUCCGGGCCAUGACGGGCGUGUCGGAGCCCUUCAUGGAGGCGCUGCUGGACGGCUACGCCGGCGGCUUCGACGGCGUGGCCACGCUGGUGGACGUCGGGGGCAGCUCCGGGGCGUGCCUCGAGAUGAUCAUGCGCAGGGUUGGCACCAUCACCGAGGGCAUCAACUUCGACCUGCCCGACGUCGUCGCCGCAGCGCCGCCCAUCGCCGGGGUGAGGCAUGUGGGUGGAGACAUGUUCAAGUCCAUCCCCUCCGGCGACGCCAUCUUCAUGAAGGGCCAUCCUGAGCAACUGCCACAGCGCGCUGCCGGCCGGCGGCAAGGUCAUCGCCUGCGAGCCGGUGGUGCCGGAGGAGACCGACACCAGCACCAGGACCAGGGCCCUGCUCGAGAACGACAUCUUCGUCAUGACCACCUACCGGACGCAGGGGAGGGAGCGCUCCGAGGAGGAGUUCCGCCGCCUCGGCCUCGCCGCCGGCUUCACCGGAUUCCGCGCCAUCUACCUCGACCCAUUCUAUGCGAUCCUCGAGUACAACAAGUGAAGUUGAUCCAAGGAUUCUUGUGUCUUCCUUUCCUUUCCUUGUGACAGUUGAGUUGAACACCACAAGUAAUAAUAAGGAAUGGUGCUCUUUGAACCAGAGGGAGCAUCUCUUUUCAAGCAUCCUUUUGACAGCACCGGGUAAUUUCGCAUUAGCAAUUUGCGAUUUUAAC